UCGCCAGUGACAGCAGAGACGCGCAGAGACGCGCUCAUGGCGCGCGUCACAGUUCCUACGGGAGCGACUCAUGAGCUUCAUUAGGGGUCCGCAAACUUCCGCCGAAGGAAGGUGGUUCAAGUCAGAAUGAAAGAAGUUUGCUUUUGACUUUUCCGAAGACAGCAGCGACGCCAAACUGGACGUACUCUCUGACUGUUUGAUCCGGAUCGACGUUGUGACAGCGGCUGGCUCUGUUGCUGCGGCGGAAAAAUACCACGUAGCUUUUGACGCUCUGUGAUGAACGACCACAAUGUGGUUUUUGAGUAGAAGUCUUUUGGUGCGCUAAACCUAUUUGAAUAACUCCAGAUUUCCGCUUUUCUUCUUCUUAAGAUUCCAGCGCCUGAAACCGGGUCAGUAGCGCUUAAAGAAUAGGAAAGAAAAGGUCUGUUUCAUUACGAUGGACGACAUAGACUGAAUAGUGUCAUUAAAGGGACUUACGUUUCUUUCAAGUUGGUGCAAGGAAACGAGAAGGAGAUGACACCCAACCCUUUCUUCCUGUUCCUCAUCCUGUCUCUUGGAAAGAGCAGAGCAGAGAAUGCAGAGGAGCGGCUUGUGAACUACCUACUGGGACCAGAGCGCUACAACAAGCUGAUCAGACCUGCGGUGAAUAAGAGCCAACAGGUCACCAUCUCCAUACAGGUCUCUCUGUCACAGCUCAUCAGCGUGAAUGAGAGGGAGCAGAUAAUGACCACCAAUGUGUGGCUGUCUCAGGAAUGGAAUGACUACAGACUGAGAUGGGACCCAGACAAAUACGAAGGCAUCAAAAAACUGCGAAUACCCUCAAAACUGAUCUGGCUUCCUGACAUAGUCCUGUACAAUAAUGCUGACGGAGUGUAUGAAGUUUCCUUCUACUGCAACGCUGUGGUCUCCAACACGGGCGACAUCGUCUGGCUGCCCCCUGCCAUCUACAAGUCCGCCUGCUCCAUCGAGGUGCAGAACUUUCCUUUCGACCAACAGAACUGCACCCUCAAGUUUCGCUCCUGGACGUACGACUACACGGAGCUGGACCUCAUCCUCACCAGCGACUUCGCCAGCCGGGACGACUUCACCCCGAGCGGAGAGUGGGACAUUGUCUCUCUCCCCGCACGCAAAAAUGAGGACCCCGGUGACAUCACCUACCUGGACAUCACUUAUGAUUUUGUCAUCAAGAGGAAGCCUCUGUUUUAUACCAUUAAUCUCAUCAUCCCAUGCGUGCUGAUCACUUCGUUGGCCAUCCUGGUGUUCUACUUGCCGUCGGACUGCAGGGAGAAGAUGACGCUGUGUAUCUCGGUGCUGCUGGCCCUCACCGUGUUCCUGCUGCUAAUAUCAAAGAUAGUGCCGCCCACCUCUCUGGCAGUACCGCUCAUAGGUAAAUACUUGAUGUUCACCAUGGUGCUGGUUACAUUCUCGACUGUCAGCACAGCCUGCGUCCUCAAUGUGCACCACCGCUCCCCGUCUACCCACUUCAUGCCAGACUGGGUCAAGCAGCUCUUUUUGGUUCGCCUCGCCACCUUCCUCCUCAUGAGACGCCCGGACUCUUCCAAUAUCCGCAACAAACUCCGCCGGAAGCUCACCAGCAGUAACCCCGUGGGUCGAGGCAGUUCCCACCGCAGCGCAGGCAGGAAGCAGCACUCCGACGCCAGACUCGGUGGAAUCCCAGCGGACUGCAACUCUUUCUACGUCGACGAGGACUCGUCGUUCAGCUGUUGCUGGAGGCUGGGCGGCGCCCGGGAUUCUCCAGACUUCGGGAGGCCUACGGCAGCGCAGUUGGAUGCGGAGCUGGAAGAAGCGGUGGAUGGAGUGAAAUACAUCACUGAGCACAUGAAGAUGGAAGACAGCAACGAAGGGAUCAUCGAGGACUGGAAAUAUGUGGCCAUGGUGAUAGAUCGCCUCUUUCUCUGGAUCUUCAUCCUGGUCUGUGUGGUGGGAACUCUUGGACUCUUCAUGCAGCCCCUCUUCCAGAGCUACAACACACCAACAGCUGACGACACCGAAUAUGGAGAUUUCUAGGAUUUCUAGGAAGAGAAAACGGUCAAUUAGGCAUCUUUUUCUCCAAGGCCUGAGAAGCUGAACCCUUGUCUAGUAGCAGACGGCUGCUGGUCUCAUCUGAUGUACAUUCAACCAAAUCUGGGCAGCCAGCCACACUUGUUGAAUUUGCAACUUUGGACUUUAAAGCAGACCAAUUUGGACAAUGAUCUGACUCCCCACUCAUCUAAGUGGCAUGACAGAUUUCAAACUUUUUGUCAAAAUGAUAAAGACAACAGA